AUGCUUAAUUGUGUCCCCACCGGCCCCUUUCCAGAGCACACACACACACACACACCUGCGUUCUUUUCGCCCACCGCUGCUCUGAAUCUCCACAACGGGCUCCCCUCAGGGCAGCAGCACAGGGUUCCCGGCGCGUGCUCCAAGAACUGCCGAGAAACCGCCGCACUGCACCAUUGCGUAACAGCACGCGCGCGCAACACGGCACGCUCCUCUCGACGGCCGCAUUCCCGCAUGCUCGCACAGCACACGCGCAGCACGGAGAUAAAAGGACAAACAACAGCGUUUUUCGGUGUUUCCCGCCCCUAUUGCCCGCGCAGCAAGGGAAAAGUACCGCGUCCGGACAGCGCAGGCGCACGCCCGGAGGGGUGUUUUUUUUCUCUCGCUGCGCUAUUUUCGUUCAGGGAGCCAGCGUCCUCCUGCCUGACACACGCCGCCCCGGUAUUCCCGGGUGCUGCAGCACCCGGGAAUACCGGGGCGGCUGCUCCCCUUCACGCUCGGUGCAAGUCCCGCUGGGGGGUUACAUGA